AUGGAUUGUGUUCUGAAUGCGCUUUGGUCGUUUGCACAUGCACUACCGGCCUCUUCUCACGUUUUUUUUUUGUGCACUUUCAGACGGGUGUCAACACAGCGCUCAUCGAAAUUUUCUGGAGCCGCUGGGCCUUCUCUGGGCGGCGGCCAACGUUUCGCUCAUAUCUUACAAUCUUUACAAGAUACAGGUAGCAGCUUGCAAAUAGCAGCAGCAUCAUCGUUCGGCAUGACAAAUGCACGGGGACCGAGUUCUUCAGCGUCCGCUUCAACAGCUGCAUCCACCGGGGUUCUCAUGGUUGGACCCAAUUUCAAGGUGGGCAAAAAGAUCGGUUGUGGCAAUUUCGGGGAAUUACGUCUCGGGAAGAAUUUGUACAACAAUGAGCACGUAGCGAUCAAGCUGGAGCCGAUGAAGAGUAAAGCGCCGCAGCUUCAUCUCGAGUACCGCUUCUACAAACUUCUCGGCCAGCAAGAAGGUUUACCACAAGUGCAUUACUUUGGACCAUGCGGUAAAUACAAUGCAUUGGUAAUGGAACUGCUGGGGCAUUCGCUGGAAGAUCUCUUCGAUCUCUGUGAUCGAAAAUUCUCGCUGAAAACUGUCGCCAUGAUCGCAAUGCAGCUGCAUCUGAUUUAUCGCGACGUGAAGCCGGAGAAUUUCUUAAUUGGACGGCAUUCAACAAGGAAACAGCAUUUACUUCAUAUCAUCGAUUUCGGACUCGCCAAAGAGUAUAUCGACUGUGAUACCGGCAAAGAGCACAAAUCAUUGACCGGUACGGCAAGGUAUAUGUCCAUAAACACACAUUUGGGUAAGGAGCAGAGCAGAAGAGACGACUUGGAAGCAUUGGGCCACAUGUUCAUGUAUUUCUUGCGUGGCUCGCUGCCAUGGCAAGGUCUCAAAGCUGACACUCUCAAGGAGCGACUCGUUUCGUCAUUGAACGAACUGAGGGUUUUGAACAAUCUUUAA